AUGUCGAAUCACAGCAACAACUCCGAUGACAACCCAGUGUCGUCGGGGGCCAGCUACCCACCUGGGCCAAACAGUGAUCACAGGGGUGAUAUCCCCUUAACAUCAGCACCGAACAGAAGAACGGGAGGUAAUUCAUCUUGGGCAACGGGAGCAUAUUCUUCAUCAUCCACCCAAGCCCAUAGCCCACGAAUGUCGCAGCACAAUGCACGACAGAAUGCGCCAAGCCCAUGGGCACGAGACACAAGAAUGGAUCACCCUGCUUCGUCAUCCACGGGACCGAGCGCGCUGCCUGCAGAAAAUGAAAGAGCCCCGAGGCCACAUCCUCCCGAACGCAAACAAUCAAAGAGAAAGAGGAAAGAGCUGGACGAUAAUGUGGGCUCUGCGGAAGCAAAUACAACAAACAAGAGUUCCCCAGACCGCCAGCAAAGAGCCAAGGUCACAACUCCCAGUGUCGGUAGCUCCAUCGCUUUCCGCCCUAUUAACAAGGCUUUUAAUUCUCCACCCGUACCGGCUUCUUCCGAAGCAAACGCGGAAUUAACAACCAACAAAUAUGCACAUUCAGGACGUUGUACGACAUGUGGGGAGUUGCUUCCAAGCAAUAAUUACUCCUCCCCGCGGUGUGACGAGUGUAGGCGAAAGGUCAGGAAAAGAAAGCAGGCCAAAAAGGAUAAUGGAACUACAAAAGGAACCAAAAAAAGCGGUCAAAAGAGGAAGAGAAGGCCAAAGAGGAUGCUGCCGGCACAGAGGUGGCAGAACCUGACGCCUCCAACUCGGAAUCGGAGGAUGCGCAAGACGAGGCAGAUGGAAUGGAGUUCUCAGAAUGGGAGUCUACAGAUGAUGGAGAGGAUGACUCUGAUAUGGAUGGAGCUGCCCAGGAGCAGCUGGUUUGCGUAUGAUCUGGGACAUGGACUGCGGGACGAAGAGUGCUAG